UCCCGUCCCGUAGAGUAUCGCACCGCUCGCCACCCGCUAUCCACAGCAGUUUCAGCCAGCCGCCCGCCUGCCAGUGUCCCACCGCACGCCGAACCGUUUGCACUCAGAAGCGAUCAGGGAGCCCUUCUCUCCCUCGACUUCCCCCUUCGAGAGAGAGACGCGCGCGCGCUCUUCCACCCCGGCGAGUCGCGCAUCGCGUACCCGCUGCUAUACACCGCCUCUAUAUCCGUUUCUCCCUCGCUCCUUUGCUCCUUUACUUCUUUGCUCCCUCGCCUUCGUUACGCACGCUAUUUCUCUUCAUUUUUCUCGACGGGACGGUCGUGCCGUCUUUGUCCCGCUUUCCGCUCCGUCCGAUCAUCGUCGUCUUCUUUUCCUUCCCUCUAGUAUUUCCCUUCGUUCGCCCUUCUCGUUCUCCUCUUCCACCACUUCUUCUUCCUCUCCUCCCGCCUCGGCUUCUACUUGUCCCUACUCUUUUCGUCCCAUCCUUGUGCUCCUUCUAUUUUCCGUCGUCAGUCAUACUCGGAACGCACGAGCACCGGCUAUCGUUCUCUUCGUCCUCGUCCCCCUCUGUAUAUCCCUCUCUAUCCGUCGGCCGCCGUUCGGCGUGUUUAACCUCCCGCCGUCCCACCACUCUGCCCCUCCACUGCUGACACUCGGCUUCUGUCUCCGUUCGGAGCACGAGCGGCCCAUUCGUACCGUCUCGUUCGCUCGGCUCCUUUCGUUCCGUGCCGGCCGUGUCCCUCUUUCUCGCUCCUGAGAGUAGCGCCGGUGUGUACUCCCGUGCUGUCACCUGAUCGCGGGACGCUUUUCGCGGGUGAGAUACCUCUCGGCCACCGAGUCAACCGAGUCUGCCGCCACCGCCGCCGUCGCUCGGUUUUCCGCCGCCUCCGCGUCCCGCCGCCGUUGUCGCCGCCGCCACUGCCGCUCUGCCGCCGCCGCCGUCGCCGUCGCCGUCGCCGCCGCCGCCGCCACCGCCACCGCCACCGCCGACGGCCUCUUCCUUCGGCAUCUGCUCCUACUCUCCUCCUUCUUCCUCUUUCUUCGUUCGUAGCGCGCGCGCUCUCCUUUUCCUUUCCGUCUCGCGCGGACACGUCGUGCUGCUCUCUUCCUAUACUCGGCUCGUUGCCGCCGCGCGACGUCGAACGUGCGCGCGGCUAGCUGGUGGUUUCCGAGAGGGAACGAAAAGAACCACACGAAGAAAAAGAAAAGAAAAGGGAAAAACAGAAAACGGUGAGAAAGACCGACGGACCCGACGCAGCUACGAGAGAAAGAGAACCGUCCGACCGAAACAGAGACGGAGUCAAAGAGAGAGAGAGAGAGAACGCAGAGAGAGAGAGAGAGAGAGAAACGUCGAGGGAUACAGAGAGCGACAGACAGAGGGAAAGAGAGAGAGAGACAGAGAGAGAGAGAGAGAGUGAGAGAGCGGUAGAGAGAGAGAGAAGUGCGCGCUACCGACAUCGUCCAACCGCGACUCGCUUGCCCGAUCUCUCGCCUCUUCUUCCUCCUUUCACGGAUCUUCGCCGGUGCACGUCUGAAGCCGACUGGAGAGGGAGGUGACACUUUCGGAACGUGGACAUGCGGCACGCACGGAUCGUCACGCUGGAUACGUGAGGAUUCAGAAUUCUCCUGGCUACCGUGAUCUGCUACAGGGUUCCCCGGCGAUUUUCCGUUCCGUGGCCGGAACUCGACGACAUCGAGGCCGCCAAACCGUCGCAUCGCGGACAGACUCGUUCGUCAGCCGCGUUAACACCAGCGGGUAGCACACCACCCAGUGGCACCGGUGCGUGUCUGUGAAUUAGCAAGUGUCCCGUGUGCCCCAAUACAUCCAUAUAUAGAGCAUACCUUCGUAUCGGUGCAUCAUAGAAGGAUAAUGCUGGUGGUGGUUGUCGGUUUCGGUGAUCGACGACGAUGCAGUCGGUGAACUAGUGACAGUGUAAAAUCGAUCGUCAGAGAAACCGGCUAGCCGGGCGGUCCUAAAUAUAGCUGGGAAUAAUGGCCAGCGCGACAAUGGGUCUCCGUCGCAGAGUGCCGGUGAACAAUUCGCCGACCCCGUCGGGCCAAUCCGUGUCCGCGUCCAGCGGGUCCAGCAAACGCUCGAGGUCCGAGAACAACAACAGCCCGUCCCACGGAAAUCUGAACUCGAUGAACGCCUCGCGGGACGAGCCGCCUACCAAGAAGUCCCGCGGCACAUCGACCAGCGCUACCAAGGCUGCGUCCUCGGCGUCCUCGAACUCCUCGUCCCCGGAGGUCAGCCCGUCCUCGAAGAGCCGCGGCGGCUCGGUAUCGAGAUCCGCGCAGGCAAAGACCUCGACGCCGCCGGGCUCCGGGGCAGACGCGUCGACGAACGGCGCGCUCUCCGCCAGCUGGCCGGCACAGCCGAACAUGUCCGACAUGUCGACCUACGCGUCCGUGCCCGGCCUCGGCAUGGCCGCUAGUCCGAACGCCGGUCUCUGCGCUGGGAGCCUCAGCAUGCCCACCCCUAUACCGUACAUGUCCUCCUCGAUGGCGACGUUCGUCGGCAACGCGACCAACCUCGGCAAGAGCUCGUCGGUCUCCUAUCUGGACAUCUCGAAUAUGACCGGAGGGUCGCUGAGCUCGAGCGCGGCCGGUUUGAAUUCGGGCUACGUAGCCGGGAACGGGAACGCCGGGAACGGCAUCGACUCGAAGACCGGCGUGCCCAUCCCGUUCCCCGGCAUCGCUUCCGGCGUGAACGGCGACUACGGUAUGCAGAAGGGCCAGCCGGAAAACGUCAGCCUGCCGAAAAAGUUCCAGAGCGACGGCAUGUUCAACGCGUACCAGCCGUGGGUGAUCAAGACGUACGGCGACCUGGCCAAGACCAAAACGAUCACGAUCAAGAAGUACGCGCGCAUCCUGAGAACACUGCGGGGUGAGGAAGUGAACAGUGCGGAGAACAGUAAGUUUCGGUUUUGGGUGAAGAGCAAGGGCUUCCACAUUGGCCAGCCGGAAGGAUACGACGCGAAACCGGCGGACAGGAUUAUCGGGCGUCAUGCAGUGACGAGUCCUGGAUUGGAUCCUCCGCUGUACGUGCCCACACAGCUGCCGCACAACAAGGCAUUAAAUGGCGCCGAGGGUACCGUGCCACCAGGAAGAGUGUACAAGAAAGUCGCGAUCGUGGAGAACUUUUUCGACAUUAUUCAUGCUGUUCACGUUGACCUUGAGGGUCGUCCCGGAAAGCAUGCCGGUCAGAAGAGAACGUACAGGACGAUCACGGAAACGUACGCGUUCCUACCGCGGGAGGCGGUAACGCGAUUUCUGUUGGGCUGCACGGAAUGCCAACGACGCCCGCGGACCCCGAGCCCGACGAAUAUAUCCAACCAGACGCAGCAGAGCAACGCCGCGACGGCUCUAACGACGACGCAGACACCGUUGAGCCCGAGCACCGCCGGAGGUCUGACGACGGCGUCGACGACGUCGUCCUCGUCGCAGGGCGGUUCGAAGUCGCGGGACGGAGGCCAUCAGCCCGGCGAGACCAAGGCCCUGUACAGCUACAGGCAUCAAAAGCAUCACAAGAGCAACGCUUCGGUGUCGACGACGACGGCGGCGACGACGACGACGACGAUGUCGACGACGAUGACGACGACGACGACGACGUCGACGACGGAGAAGCCUGAGAAGGAGAAGGAGGAGAAGUACAAUCCCCUGAGCAUCACAAAUCUGCUAAAGAAAGAGCCGGUGACCGGCGGCUUUCUGCCGAGCGCGGACCGAGCGGAGGCUCUGCCCGAGUCCAGGCGAACCCCCGAGUCGGACCGGGCCAGCUCGAGAAGCUCUGCCUCGUCAAAGAGGAAAAGGAUGUUGCCAGAGGGCCGGACACCGUCACCCCAGCCCAGCCAGCCGUUGCCAAGGCCGUGGAGCCCAGGCCUCGACCCGAAGAACACGCCCAUCGACUACAGUCUUCCCAUCACUACCUCAUACCUGAAGCAUCAGCAGAGGCUACUGCAGGCGGAGAAGAACAAGGCCGCCGCGAUCAAGGAGUCCGAGAUCGAGCAGAAGGUGACCGUUCUGCCCGCCGAGGAGAUCGACAGCGUGGAGAGGGAGAGAUACUCGCCGGCGACCGGACUGAUCGAUACCAAUCUGAACCUAUUGGCCACCAUUCAGCACCUGCACUGCCAAGUGAUGCUGGCCCUAACCGAGAGGCUCCGGCCGUCCAUCACGAUGCCGAGCCCGUUGGUCCUGCCGACGGCGGCCAACAUACUUACCAGCGGCAUGAUCAUCGGCUCGGAGGUGUCCGUUCAAACCGGCGAGCAUCACACGUGAGGACAUCGCGGACGCGCGUAAUAAGAAUAUAUAGGUACUGCGAGAAGGACCAAAGGAUCAAGACUAACUCUGCUACCGUUGUCUAAUUAACUCCUCCUUUGAACGCCGCACUCGCCUCUGCUCUGCGAUUCGAGCACCUCGCAAUCGCGCCGGGCAGACACGGUGCUGGAAAUGCCGACGUAGUUGUUGGUUGGUCGGUCGGUUGUUGUUGUUACAGAGGACUCGCAGAAACGGCACUAGCCGCGGCAUUCUAUCGCGAUUCAGGGGACGGAGUUACAGGACUUUUUCGGGAGAAGUUUCUCGAAAACGCGCGCGCGCCCGCGGAGACCGUUCUCGGGUCUCCCUUAGCGACACUUUUCAUUUCGCUGGUCGAUGAGUCGUUAUAUUUGCCAAGCACCGAUGAUUCGAUUUAAGGUUUAUUUAUCGCCUGGUGGUGACUGCGGACGACGAACAGAUAUAAAGAAAAAAAAAACGCAUGUAUUUAACCCCCGUGUAAAUGUAGAUAUUUAAUCGAUCGCGGCCCAAACCGUCUGGGCUGAUUCCGGUUCGGGACUUCGAGAUAAUAGAAUUCUUAAGGUUUCAUCGGGAAACGAUACGACGUUAGUAGUCUCGGCUAGGAAAGAAAAAAAAAACCUUGUCCGCAGUCUCCGAGGGCAACGCUAACGCGGCUAAUAUCCGGUCCGACCUGCCAUUCGAACUAUCGGAUUACCCGAUCAUCUAUUAAACCGGAUAAGAUCAAUUACUUUGCCGGCGUUCCGGCGACAACGUCAGUUAACCGGACCGGCGCGCGGGUCGGGUCGGGUCGGAUCGGAUCGGUCCGCGUCCCGCUCCGUUCCGUUCCGUGUUCCCGAUAUAGUAGACGGUGAAACGGGCGACGAAUUAUUCGCGAGUCCUGUCAAAAUGUGGGUCGAACGCGUCGCGUGUCACCGAUUUCAAGGGGGCGCCGCCGCAAGUCGAAUCCGGCCGCGGAUCGGAAGCGGACGCGCGGUAUUUAAAGAUCCGGCUCCCGUGGACCCGAAACGGACGGCGAAUUCGACAGGGAUGAUUGUUCGGCGAGGACAGCUUCUGAAUAUUUAAUGAUCGGCGAAGAUUGCCGUUGCUGCUGAUGACCCGCCGCGGCCAUUUCGGUCGACUGCCUGUCGAUUGAUGGAAGUCACCGGUCCGUUCUCUACCGAUUUCGGAUGUACGCCGAUUGAAAUUUUCUCGGCGAACCUCCCUCCCCUCCCCUCCCUCAUUCCUCUUCAUUUCCGACCGACAGUGAAACGUUUUUGUGUUCGCCGGAUGGUCGCGAUGAUCGUCGGCUCCGAACUGAGCUAUUUUAAGGAACGUUUCGAUUAUUAGUCGAAUUUUCGAUACCGAUCGACCUGUUUCGGAAGAGCUUUUUAUUCUUGUCCGAGAUCGAGGUUUUGAUUACUUUUAAGCCACCGAUGCGAUUGCAAUUGUUUUUGAAUAUUUCGCGAGGCUCGAAUGAUUUCAGUUAAACGAGAACGAAAUUUCAAGAUACGAUUUCAUGUUGAAAAAUUGAAUAACGUCGAUGCACUGAUCUUCGAAACGGAAUCACUAUUUUGACAUACGGAAACCUCGUUUUUGUCAUCGGAAUUGUUCCAUCGAUAUCGAAACUGUAUCCCUUGACAUCACCUUGAUCUUUUGAGUGAACAAUGUUGUUCCGAUUAAAGGAAUUAAAUUUGUAUUUUAACGUUUCUGAAAUAUUUUGGUGGAGAUUAUUCAAUAAAAAUUCGUUGAAAAAUGAACGUUCUACGACGGCUCUCCUUUUGUUUGGGUUUCAAUGUUCCUGAUUUGGUUCCAAUUCGACAGCGGCACUAAUGGUGGAUUGCGCUUAUGAUUACAGUUAGUGACAUAAGGGAUGAGAACGCUGUCUCAACACGUUCGCUACCAAAAAAUACAUUUAUACCUUUUGCAGUUGGAAAGAUUAAACGUGCACUGAAACGUAAGUUGAAAUGAGAAAUUAUUUUCUAUGUUUCGCGCUUCAGAAAUAUUUUCAAAAUUAUUUUUGACAAAUUCUUGCAGUCGAUGGAAUCCGGUAUCCGCUAAUUAACAUAAUGCACGCGCACGUUGAAGACGUUGUUCCGCGAUUGAAGAGAACAAUCUCAAAGAAAUGUUGCUGAUUUAACAUUGGAAUUACAAUCGAGCUGCAUUUAAAUCCCUAUUUAAUCAUUCCAACUUACACCGUUGAAUGAAGUUGUUCGACGCUUUGGCUGUCAUACGAACAACCUUGAACAUUUUAUGGAAUUAAGAGAACAUUUCAUUAAAAUUGGAAAACUAAGUUGUGUGACAUGAAUUACUUUCUCGAAAUUUGUACACGUUGCCGAGCCUAAUCAAAUCAGGAAGGUAUAACAGCUUAGCGUGAAAAAUUAAUUUCCGAAUUUAAACAAACAAUUCCGUGGCACAUGUAUGCAUGUAUGCAUGAGCGAUGCCGUGGUCGAAGCGUUGAUUUGUCCAGCUUUUGUUCAGCCGGUCUAUCGCGAACUUCACGCGCGAAAGUCUAAAAGUCUGUGAAUUAUUUAUUCUUCUGAUCUUGAAAUCACAAAAAUCGGUGGAAAAUUGGGCACGAUCUCUCGUACCAUUUACAAAUCUAGAUCACGGCGAGGAACGCGCGUUGCCGUUCGACCACGUAUGAAUAAUCGUUUCCAAGGAACUGGGAGUCGACUUACCACGAAUGUUGUCACGUAUACCAAAGGCGGAACAGUCGCGACUGCUAUUUUCUUGGAACUUGACCGAAUUGUUUUGUCGUUGUUGGAACUAUCAUCGUGGACCGGGAGUGGAUCGCGGGGGGUGUGACCCACCGUCACCGUCGCCGUCGUCUCAGCGACGCUAAACUUUUUCGUAUUUGACCGUGUAGCCUAGCCUUGUGUAUGAUAUUAAAUGCCUAGAAGGUAGUGAUUUUCCGUGUAUCAUAUAGCUUGUCGUUAACCGGUGAACCUCGAGUACAACAUGAAGGUACAUUAGGACGUUAAGACGCGAUCAAAACACGGACUCGUUUUCUGCUAGGCGUUCGAUAAUCGUCGUUAAAGUAGCCGCGAAGAGGGCACGUGUAUGAGAGAGAGAGAGAGAGAGAGAGAGAGAGAGAGAGAGAGAGAUACUCGGAAAGUGUUGGAUAGCACCGGAAUCUAAUAUUAUUUUGUAUAUAAUCGUUGUAUCAUAGCGCAGUUAGUUGUUAAGGGUGAGAACGCGCGACUGUAUUAUUAUGAGUAAUUAUUGCUAAUUAUUAUUAUUAUUACCGUGACAGUUGUCAUCCUUAUAACUAUUAUUAUUAUUAUUAAUUAUUAUUUUAUUAUAUUUAAAUUGCACAUGAACCAGAUGGGAAAAUAUAUGAGAUCACUAAAAUCCGAAA